AUGAGUCAUCACUCACGUAGAGCUUUAACACCUGGCGCGUCAAAGAAGCGCAAAGACAGAGAAGCAUUGGCUUAUUCAAUGACGCCGAUUUCGGCUUCGGCUCAACCGGCUUCAAAUUUUGGGGAGCCGAUUUCCUGUAAUCGGCUACUAGCCGGCUACAUGGCGCAUGAGUUCUUGACUAAUGGUACUCUGCUUGGGCAGAAGUUCGAUCUGGGUCGAGCAGAAGCGAUGCCUUUAGCUGGCGGCUCGGUGGAGUACUCGAAGAGAGAAGAGCCGGAAAAGAAGAAGGAGCACAAAAUUUAUGCUGAGGUGGCAAGCAUUUUAAAGAGUGAAGGGGCCCACAUUCCUGGGAUUGUGAAUCCCUGCCAGCUCGCCAGGUGGAUCCAGAUGUAG